AUGCUCGGCCCGUCAUCGACACUCGCUAGCCUUGUGCUGUGCUUGAUUUCAUUGAGACUUGCACAGGCGGACUUCGUCAUCUUUGAACCAGGACUUCUUGUCAAUACCAGCACUCCUGUUGCAGCGGGAGAGGUCUCGCAACAGUGUAUAUCUGCCUUGGAGUCAACCAUCACUUGCGAUCCGUAUCUUCGUACAAGCGUUCUUGGCGACAGCAUCUCUUACUUGGCACCAUCAAUCUUGGAUGGCUUCUGCACCUCAUCAUGCGGCCAGUCCCUAUCCAAUUAUCACCAGUCGGUCCAAAGCGCCUGCGGUGGAGGGCCGCAGCUGUGGCAAGGAACUCCGGCAACGCUAUAUGGAGACCAGGUCUGGGCACAAUACAACAUUACUUGCUUCAAGGAUUCCAAAGGCCAGUACUGUCAAAAUGCGAUUGCCAACCUCACUUCUCCUGAUAGCGACCAAGACGCAUCUAUCCUGACUCUUCCAAAGGCGGCUCUCUGCUCGGAGUGCGUUCUCAAGCUUGGUCAACUCAUUCAAUCGACUGCCUUCAGCAAUUACGGACUCAAGAUGGCUCAGGAAUGGGCUUCCAUCCAGAGUACCUGCGGCGUGACGUACCCCACUAAUGUCCAGCCCAUUGCUGCCAACCGUACUGACAUUCCCGGAUAUGCACCUUCCGGGUACCCGGUCGCGGAGUGCGUUACCGGAAAGUCGUAUACAGUCGUUGGCGGUGAUGAUUGUGGCAAGAUUGCCUCUGCCAACAAGGUCCCGCGUGGUGCGCUGCUGGCUGUCAACAAUGUCUUGCCAGACUGUUCUGAUCUUCAGAUUGGUCAACAAUUGUGCUUACCGAACCCGUGUACCCUUUACAACGUUCAGUCUGGGGAUACUUGCGGAGCAAUCACUAGCUCGCAGAAUCUGACUCUCACUCAGCUGCUGUCCUGGAACGCUUUCAUUAGUCCAGCGUGUACCAACCUGAUUGCUGGAGACAGCCUCUGUGUCUCUCAACCCGGCGUGGUUUAUACAGGGACCGCCAUUCCUGACGCAACUGCCACCCAAACGGGUGUCUACGCAACAGCGACUGUGGCACCGCCAGGUCCCGUUCCGCACGGUACAACUGCGCAAUGCGGCAAAUACUACGGAGUCAAGACCGGUGACUAUUGUCAACUUAUUGCAAUCAACAAUACCAUCAGCGUUGACCUAUUUGAGGCUAUCAAUCCGUCUAUUGACACUGGCUGCACGAAUCUUGUCCCUGGGUUUUAUUACUGUGUCUUUCCAGUAUUGGGUUGGAAUGAGACAACCUCGACUACUUCGACCUAUGUUACUCCUCCAGCGCCCACACCAAGUGGGACAACAGGAAACUGUUACGAGUGGCAUAUUGUUGUUUCUGGGGAUGAUUGUUCCAAAAUCGAGGCAGAAUAUGGUGUUUCGAUCGACCAGCUACGACAGUGGAACCCUCAGCUCAAGUCGGACUGUUCAAACCUACUACUAGACGAUGCCUACUGCGUUCACGGAGAUGCUGCUACCGCCACGUCGACUUAUGUUACCCCUCCUGCCCCUACGCCGAGCGGGACGACAGGUAACUGCUAUCAGUGGCAUGUCAUUGUAUCCGGAGACUACUGCGCCAAGAUCGAGUCCGACUUCAACAUCACUUUCGCGCAGCUCCAGAAAUGGAACCCGCAGCUGGACAAUGACUGCACCAAUUUGCUCCUUGAUGAAGCGUAUUGCGUCAAGGGUGACGACAGCACUACUAAGAGACGGAUUAAUUUGCCUGCGCGUAUGCCCGCGGUGGCAACCGCUCUCGCCAAGUCGCCCUCUUGUCCAACUUGUAUAAAGCAUUGA